UCUAUCCGGGAACUUGACGCUUGUGAUAAUUUCAGUGCAUAGGUUAUAAGUUGUCAAAGUUUCGUAAAAGUUCAUUCCACACUUUGGCAAUUUCUAGCCAACUGUAAACAAAUUCUGAAGAAACAGUUGAACAACGUUUUUCUUUAAACCUCUGAUACCAGAUUUGUAUAUUUUUAUUUAAAAAUGAGACAGUCGUGUUUCUUUGCUGUACUUUUUACCGUCUUGACGUACCAAAAUGGAAAUGCUUCGAUAUAUGAUUGGGUCUGGAGUAAAAAUUCCGAGGAAUCAAAUGAUGUCGUGCCAUCGGAUGGCAUUCCCUUGGUUUCCAUCCCUUAUGAAUCCAUGACGGAAGAUGAAAAGUUUCUCCAGGAGGCAGCAAAGUUUUCAGAAAUUCAAGUUUCCUCAGCGCUGGAUACUUGUCAGCACAAAGUCGUCAUGAAAAUAAAAACGUCAUGCAGUGACAUGACUGAGGAAGAACUUGCUAAAAUGAGCGUCAGCUUAUUAAAUUGUCAGUCUGCUGCCGAAGGGAGAAAAUUGUUUCCGUGCACCGAGGAAAUGACGCUAAGACAAUGCACGACGGAAAUGGAUCCAGAUAUGUGGAACGCGUAUCACUUAAUGAGCAACAGAGCAAGAGCUGUAUGUUAUGCAGCUAGAAAUAUUCAAUUUCGAGCUCUGACUGAAAUUACAGUCAAUAAACUGAUGAACACUGCGCAUUCGCAAAUCAAGGCGAUGGGCUCUCUGAAGGAAAGUCAAGAACGUCUUGAAGAGCAAACCAUAGAUGCUUUGAAUUCCGUUGCAACCGGCAACAAGGUUUUGCUUGAGCAACAGGAAUCGUUAAAGGAAGCCCAAUCCUCUGCUCAUAGUCUUGUGGCCAGGAAUCUUCAGAUAUUAAACAACGAAAAAGCUCUCAUCAGGUCUGGCCAUGCACAGCUACUUGCAAUGACGGAUGACAUCAGGAAGAAAUUAGAGAAAGCAAGCCAGGAACUUGCCGAUCACUCUACAGAACGGAAUGAGAAUCAUCAGGAGGUUUUAGCUGAUUUGAAGAAUAUGCAAGAACAAGCUCAUCAGAUUUGGGAUAGAAUUGAAUCAAGUACCAACCAUAUAUUAGAGCAUAAUAUGGAGGCCGCUGAACAAUAUGAGCAAACUCUGAAACAACUUGAUCAAAUAAACCAAACCGUUCAUUUUCUGUUGGACUUGACCAAUACAUUGAAAACUGAAGUUGACCAAAAACUUGGUUGGAUCACAAAUUACAUUGGCGACACUGGGGAUCAAUUUGAAAAAGUGUAUCGCACCGGGCUGCACGCUAUAUACUUACUCAUAGCCAUGAUUGUUGCAUCUUUUUUGCAAGCACCUUUUCUAACUAGAUUUACUAUAAUGGGUAUUUUACCACUGAAUCUUUUGUCAUACUUGAAAGAAGGUGCCGAAGCUUCUCUCGAUUUUGGCUCAAUAACUGCGCUCAUAUUUCUAAUAACUGGAAUGCAUUACCUGAUUGUUGCAAUUCAUUAUAUACUCAGACCUAAAGACAUAGCUAUAAAACCAACUAAUACUGGUGUCAUGCCAUCGAUAAAUAUACUGGGUGCCAAUAGUACACCAAUUAAUUACAUGAAUGGUCAUAAUGUGAGAAGAGAUGCUGCAGUGAAUGAUACAAAAGAAUCUGUAUUGUUUACUAUGUUGCAUAAAAUUCUUGGCAUCCCAUCGGUACUUAUUUACCAAGCGAACUCAUGUAAAAAUAAACUUUGGUCCUGCGUACCAACCAUGCCGUCUUGGGGUAAAGGUAACUCACAACUGCUUCACGAAGAAAUGUCAUGUUCGUAUUUACCUUCAAAGAAAUCUCGCGAGGAAUUAAUUACUGAUUACACAGGACACUAUCCAAAUAUGUCAGACGAUAUGUCGUCGCCGUCAAUUCACGAAUCACGUAAUUUAUUAAACGAACAUUAUGAUAACUACAACGAAAGCGAUGAUCUUGUUGAUGCGACAGAACUACGGCGUCGUACUACGAGAAACGGGUCGGUAACUAGAAGCAACUUUGUUUAUCCACCGUCACCUUCGAGGAGCAACACACCUUUUAUGACUGGUACCAGCAAAAACCAAUGUGGUGCAUUAACCAGAACUGGAAAACGAUGCCGUUUAUCUUCAAAUCUUGGAGGGAAUUUUUGUCACCGCCACAGCAAUGGGUCUUCCUUUAUGGGUGACUAAACUCCAAGGGACGUUAAUACGAGUCUAGAAAUAUAGAUAAUAGACAGGAAUGAUUCCCUCAAAACAAUCGAUCUUAUCCUAUUAUGUGAUAAAUAUUGACAGGCAGUAGUAAAAUGAACCAAGUCACUGAAAGUGAUGUAUAAAUACCAAUUUUUCCGUGAUCGUUUUAUCUUUACAAUGAAUUAGUUUUUAUCUUGCUCAGUAAAAUCUUUAGAAUAUCUAAAUUUACAAAAUAUUUUUAUGUCGACUUCAACAGUUUUUCGGUUUUUAUUUCAUGGUUUUUUAUCAAUAGCAUUGAACAAGUAAUAAUACUGACAUUCAUUUAUCGCGACGAGGUAAUACAACAAGAUAGAAAUAAUUGGCUGCGGAAAUUAAAAUUUGUUUUACUGAGCGGUUCGUUGUUUACUUCAUUUUAUCCCAAGAAUGUCAUUAAAGUUCAUUAGUGAAUACCGAAGCGAUUGAAUAGAGACGUGAAUAACAAGUAAUAGUUAGUCGAAAGGUGAUGAGUGAAGGUUGAGGUUUAAACCGAUUAAGUAGAUUUUUCAAGCAGUUAUCGUUUAAGAAUUAUAAAUAUUGUGUGAUUAUAAACGUAAAUUUCAUAUUUGAUGAGCGUAACGGAGAGUGAUGUCAAUAACCAAUGCUACUUAGAGAAAAAAUAAAUGAAUAAAUUAGCGUUACCUAUAAUUUGUAGUCGAAAAUAUUCGUUGGUUAACUAUAAUGAUUUAAUCCCUAAUUUUUACCAAUUCGGACUUCAAAUUUUUAAUUAAAUUAUAAAGUAAAGUAUGUUGAUCAUCUUAAGUAAAUGACAAAAAAAUAAAUAAAUGCAAAACCUGGCCAAACUGGAAUUGAGCUUAUUUAAAUCUUGACUAUUUGUAAGUAAUCCCGCCUUUAAUCCACGAAACAUUAAUCUACUACUGUAAUAACUCUUAAACUGUGUAGAAUGAAAAACAAAUCUUCAUUAAAUGGGCGAAAAGUAAUUUCAAACGAGAAAGGAUGCCGAUCUUUAUUAGCUCCAAGAAUUAAUACCCGAGGCAAUUGUCCGUACAAGAGGUCGAGCAGUGUAUAUAAAUAGUAAUAAACGUUGUGUCUUGAUAAAAGUAUAUAAAUAAAACAGAUGUCUUUUUCGACACUCUCAAAGCCAUAUUAGUUGCAGGAUGCCAUGUUCAAUUGCGUACAAACAGCGUUGUUGGU